AUGGCCGCCAGCUCGAGGGGACCCCUGGCUGCCGCCGCUGCUCGGCUGGCUGCGUGGAGGCCAGCGAUUGCUCGACGGGGACUCUCUCCAACACCAGCGCAUGCACAUCUUCCUCCCAUGUUUGCUGCUGCUGCUGCUGCCCCGAAGAACAGCACUAUACAUACGCAGACUCCUCUCAAUGCUCCCUCCACCAAUGCUGCCAGCGUCAAGCGAACAACCACGCCAGAACAACAAUCGUACGCAAACCCCCAAGAACAAAACUCCUCCUCGAACCCCGCCCUCUCGUUCCCCUGCCUGGAUGCCCUCGACGCCAAAUCCGCCCUCCUCACCGCACGAUCCGUCGACUCCGGCCCGGAACCCUCCUACACCACCGGCAACCAUGAGGAAUUCAAAUCCACAGACCUCCUCCUCCUCGACUGGGGCGGCGUUCUCCCCGAAUUCACCAUCGCCUACGAAACCUGGGGCACGCUGAAUAGCGACAGAUCCAACGCCAUCCUUCUCCACACCGGCCUCUCCGCCUCCUCGCACGCCCACAGCACCCCCGCAAACCCAAAACCGGGCUGGUGGGAACGCUUCAUCGGCCCCGGCCGCCCCCUUGACACCGACAGAUACUUCGUCAUCUGCACCAACGUCCUUGGCGGCUGCUUUGGCAGCACGGGCCCCUCCUCCAUCGACCCGUCCGACGGCAAACGCUACGCAACCCGCUUCCCCAUCCUCACCUUGGACGACAUGGUGCGCGCCCAGUUCCGCCUGCUCGACGCACUUGGCAUCUCCUCCCUCGCCGCUUCCGUCGGCGCCAGCAUGGGCGGCAUGCAGUCGCUCGCCGCCGGCGUGCUCUUCCCGCACCGCGUGCGCCGCAUCGUCAGCAUCAGCGGCUGCGCCCGCAGCCAUCCCUACAGCAUCGCCAUGCGCCACACCCAGCGCCAGGUGCUGAUGAUGGACCCCCGGUGGGCGCGCGGCUUCUACUACGACGCCGUCCCGCCGCAUGCCGGCAUGAAGCUGGCCCGCCAGAUCGCCACCGUCACCUACCGCAGCGGGCCCGAGUGGGAGCAGCGCUUCGGCCGCGCGCGCGCUGACCCCUCCAAGCAGCCCGCCCUGUGCCCGGACUUCCUCAUCGAGACCUACCUCGACCACGCCGGCGAGAAGUUCUCGCUCGACUUCGACGCCAACAGCCUGCUGUACGUCUCCAAGGCCAUGGACCUGUUCGACUUGGGCAUCGAGCAGCGGGAGGCCACCGCCGCCCGCCGCACCCAGACCCUCAGCCGCAUCUCUCGCCAGGCGCGCGUGCAGAACGACCCGUCCUACGGCCUGACGUGGCCCGCGCAGCCGUACGAGGAGCGGGAGCAGCCGGCGCCGUGCGCAUCAUCCGCAGCACAAGAACAUCUGGACACCGACGCAUCAUGCUCCACCACCACCACCACCCGGGCCACAACGACACAACCCAGCCCCCCCACAGACCUCAUCCGCGGCCUCGCCCCGCUCCGAAACCACCCCAUCCUCGUCAUGGGCGUGGCCAGCGACAUCCUCUUCCCGGCCUGGCAGCAGCGGGAAAUCGCCGACGCGCUGCGGGCGGCCGGCAACGCGCGCGUGCGGCAUGUCGAGCUGGGCCAGGACGUGUCGCUGUUCGGCCACGAUACGUUUUUACUGGAUUUGGAGAAUGUCGGGGGACCUGUGGGGGAGUUUUUGGCGUGA